GGCACCAGGAUGGAGGUCUGGGCUGAGAACUUUCCUAGAGCUUUCGAGGCCUGGAGAUCUCCCCCAGGCCCCUCCCCCGGCCCUCAGACUCCGCCCUAAGACACCCCAGCCCCUCCCCCCGCCCGCAGGCCACACCCCCAACACGCAGGCUCUCCCCUAGACCCCGUCCCCGCCCCCACCCCGCAGACCCAGCCUUGUGCCGGCCUCAGACCCCUUCCCAGCGCGCAGAGCCUGCCCUCAGAGCGCGCCCCCUCGGGCCCGCUCAGACCCCAAACCACAGGCCCCUCUUCCUCCGACCCGCAAUCUUCAGAGCGGCCGCCUGCGCCCGCGGACUCCUUUCCCAGGCUGGGGCCCUAUCCUCGCAGCCCUUUUACUCCCUUUGCACGCCCUACCCUGGCCCUAAAGCCCCCUCGCAGCCCUCGGACUCCCUUAGACGCCUCACCUGCGGAGGCCCGGCCCUUCGCUGCCCCCUGCCCUCAUGAGACCCCCUAGCUGACCCCUGCCCAGCAGCACCGGACGCAGUCUGCAGCCCACGGAUGCCCUCGCUGUCCUCUCGCUUCCCCGUGGAGCUGGGCUCCGUGCGGGAUCCGGACACCCAGGUGGGCCGUCUGCAUCGCCUGGCUGUGGCUGGGGGCCCGGGCUGGGGCCUGGCCAGGCUCCUGCGCAGAGUCGUGCAGGUAGACGCUGAGAACUCUGCCGGGCAGACGGGGCUCUUCCUCUCGGCACUGCUGGGCCACGGCUCUGCGGUGCAGCUCCUGCUGGCCUUCGGUGCCGACCCCAACCACCGCUGCCGGGAUGGCAGCACGCCUGUGCACGCCGGCGCCUUCUCGGGCUGCGGCCGGGUGAUGCUGCAGCUGCUGCAGGCAGGGGGCGACGCGCGUCUGCACGACCAGCAGGGCCGCACACCGCGAGACUGGGCUGAGCAGGGUGGUGCCAAGCAGAGCUGGGAGGUGCUGGAGCUGUUACAGCUCUGCCGUGCCCGCGUUUCAGCCUUAGUGCAUGGCAGUGAGCUGGCACUCAUGGCAUCUGUGGGCCAGUUGCAGGCCAGAUCUGGGAACAGCCUACCUGGCUCCCUGUCCUCACUGUGGCAGGCAGACAGGGCACAGAGGCCAGAGCAGAUCAGGCGGUCCCCCCGGGUCCCGGCCUUGGGGUUCGGUCAGCUGAGCAGCCUGUGGCCACUGGGGCUAGUAACGAGCAUACCCCUCGCGGACCCCAAGGAGCUGCUGCCAGCGCAGGGCGAGCCCGACCGCACCUACGAGAGCAGCUCCCGCACCCUCAUGGCCAACCUCCUGUGGAGGGGCCACCCCGUGACCUCGCGGCAGCCGAAGGCCCCUGGAGCCCCGCCCGAUGUGCUGCUGGCCGACCUUCGGCACUGCAGCACCCUGCACCACCCCAGCCUGCUGUUGCUGAUGGCGCUGAGCCCCUCAGCGGACCUGUCGGGGCUGUGCCUGCUCUUCGAGCCCGUGUGGCUGGGCUCCCUGCAUGGGGUGCUGCACCCUCGGGGACCGGGUGAGGAGGGGCCCCGGCCUGUGCCAGGCCUGCGGCCAGGCCAGCUGCUGCUGCAGGUGCUGGAGGCGCUGCUGUUCCUGCAGGCGCGCUGCCGUGCCCACGGCGGCCUCAGCUCCCACGCCGUGCAGCUGGUGCGGCCGGGCCUGGCCAAGGUGGGCCACCUGGAGCACGGGCGUUCGCUGCACCAGCGCUGGCUGUGGCCCCGGCUGCAGCGGGGCUACCCCUGGGGAGGCCCAGGCCCAGGGUUGCCCCCACCCCCGGAACUGUACCCAUGGCUGCCACUUGAGCUGAUCUGCGGUGACAUUCCUGCCACCACCUCAGACCUCUACAGCUUCUGCAUCUUGGCCCAGGAGGUCUUCACUGGAGAGCUGCCCUGGGCUGGAAGACAGGGGCCUGAGGUGAAGGCCAAGCUGGAGGCAGGUGACAGCCCGGGCCUAGACCCCCUGGUGCCAGCCCCCUACCAGGCCCUGAUUCAGGCUGGGCUGGGCCUGAGGCCCGCCGACCGCUGGGGCAGCCUGCAGAGUACUCGGUAUCUGCUGCGGGAGGCGGUGGCCCAGGACUCAGCUCCUGAGGUGAGCUGCCUGACCAAGUGGGCCACACUGUCCUCUGCGCUCCAGGGCUGCCCACCAGAGAAACUGUACUAUGAAGUGACUCCCAGAGCCAAGACCACACCCAGGCCUGUGCCGCCUGUGAUGUCCCCUGGCCCCAUCCCAUCCCAGGCCCUGGAGACUCCUGAGGUCACGGGCCACAGCAGGGUCCAGAGUGGCACAGCCUGGAGCUCAGGCAGCAGCUUGACUCUAGGCAGCAGCCCCAGUCACAGCCCCCGCCUUUGCCCUGGGCCCAGCCACAGCCCCACAGCCAGGGCCGGCCUGCACUGCUGUCCGCAGCCCAGCUCAACAGGCCCUGCCCUGCACUCCAGCCUUCAGGACUCAGCCUCCCUGCUGGGGAUCCAGAGCUCUGUGCGGCAGUUUGAGAGGAAGUUUUCAGCCAAGAUGCAAACCCUGCGGGGGCUGCAGCAGCACACACACAGGGUUACCCCGCUGGACCCCCAGCCCUGCACCCAGCACUGAGCGGAGUGGAGAGAGCCUCUUCUCCAGCCUGCAGAAGAUGGAUCUGCUGGAGGAGAUCACAGCAGAGCUUCAGAGCAGGUGCCAGCUCAGACCCGAGCCCCGCCUCGGCCCCACUGCCGGCGCAGAGUC